GACAGGGCUUAGCUCCUUUGAAAACAUUUUGUUUUAGUCAUGCUCGAAGCUAGGCUCCUAAAGGUUUCACAUUAGGGUGAAGCCUCGUCACCUCAGACAGGCUCUCUAGCAGCAGGCCCCCUCGGGGUGACUAGAUGUGCUGUGGGGGAGAAGAGAGAGACAUAGCAAUAGAAAAGUGCGGGAAAGAGGGGCAGAGAAGCAGCAGCCCUACACGUGUGGGGAGAAGCAGGAAAAGGAGUCUAGCCCUGGAAAGAGAGGGGGAAACGAGGAGGCAAAAAGCCUCCGAAGGUGCAGUGGGGAAGGGGAGGGACACAGCCCUGGAAGUAUUGGGGGGGGGGGGAAUGGGGUCGGUCUCUGCAACAGAGCUCCCUCCGAUGCCCCCAUCACACGCACUGUAUAUUUUCUGGCUGACUACUGGGGGCGGGGAGGGAGAUUACAGCUGUAGCCUCCUUCCCUCCCCCUUUACUGGGUUUGCUCCUGAGCCCUUCUCUGCUCUGGCCCCCCGUGCCAGGAGGCAGCACUGAGGGGGAGGAGGAAAAGCUACAGCGGUUGAGAAGGGCGGGCAGUUCAAAUCCAAGCGAGGGAAACCCACAGCAGCCGCAUGCGGGGAACUGGUGCUGGCUAGAGGCGGCGGCUCCUCUCCAGGGCAACGCGCUGGGGCGGGGGGCGAGAAACGCUCGGCGCUGCCGCAGCCGGAGGCAGGGAGUAGCGCCCCGCGGGGCAGCAGGGUCGGUGUCCCUCACUGCUCCCAGUCCGGCCUGUAGCAUGUUGUUAACUUCAGUCCCCAUCGCUCAGCCCCAUUGACCCCCUCGCAGAAGCCCCAUUAUUGUGGGGGCAGAGAUUGCCCUUUGCCCACUGAAUUGCCGGAGAAGGAUGCGGGGGUGAAGCUGCUGCCUUCCUGGGGCCCGUCAUUCAAGGUGACUGAGAGUCCUACAGGUGUUAUUCCUUAGGUGGUUGGUCUAGUCAAUUAGCCUCGUUGCACUAACUGCGGAGGUUACCGCUAAUAAACACAUAGAGUAAUUGGUUAAAUUAGUUGUUUUGUGACUUGAACGGAUUUUGCCUCCGAGCUGCCCUAAUACCUUGGGAAUGCAUUGAUUUAGUUUUGCUCCUGCCUUCGCCUUGCCCUGGGACGCUGGGUAAACCCCCAGUCAAGUAACACGGCGGCUGUUCGCAUCAGAUAGCGCUUCCUCAGCCCAGGAUCUCGCAUUGCGUCACAACGCUGGAAUCAGAGAAAUUCCAAGUGAAAGAUGUCAGAAAGUCGCUCAGUGCUGUCUAUUCUUAAAAGAGGCAGGUUGACUUCUCCCAGCAACAAUGUGAAAUACUCCAGCUUUAGAGACUCCUGUUCCACCUCCAUAUUUCAUGAUCGUGGAAAAGAUCCUAACUUUGAUCAUACUGAUGCAGAACAUAAAGAUGAACUGAGCACAAGAUGUCUAUCAUUACUACAUGAGUAUUCUGAACAUUCACACCCUAAUUUAGUAAUUCCAGUGUUGUCUCCCAUUGAAAAUGAAAAUAAUUCUAUCUCCUUAUCUGAAAGAAAAGAGGCAAAUGUAACUACAGAUUUUUUGGAAACUCCUAAAGUAAGUAAAAAAGACUCAUCACUGCGUAGGAGACUGCUUCUGUCUAAAACUGCUUUGGGAGGCACUGUAGGAUUCUUUGAAAGACAAGUCAAUUCUUCAGAUUGCAGUAGGAAAAAAACAUCUUGUGUUCUCAGUUUUGAAGAAAAACUUUCAAAAAGUUCUUCGUGUUCCCCAAGAGAUAACACUUACAAACCUCUAGCUACUAGCACUUUAAAAACUGAGGAAUCUAGUCCUGCUUGCCAAAAGUUGAGGCUUGCCUUCUCACAGCAAAGGACUUCUACAGUAGAUGAUACCAAAUGUAAAAACAACUUCUUGUCAGAACCUGAAUGUUUAUCUCCAAUUCACCAUAAUACUUCUAAGGACACUAUUAUUGACAAGACUCCUAAUGAGCUUAGUGAUGAAAGCACCUCUCUGGAAUUGCUUAGAACCCCUACAUGUUGUAUGUUGUCUGAGACGAAUGAGGAUAAAUUUCUGACUCCAGUCAGCAACCUAAUAGCAGAUUUUAACUUUGAUUUACUUGACGUAAAUACUCCCCCUACUCAUGUGGUAAGUGACUUGGAGCUUUCAGUGCCUGAAGACAGUGGAUUUAAUUCCCUUGGCUUAGAUAAAUCAGAAGAUUCCUCUUCAGAUCAUGAGGGAUCGUUCCAAGAACUCCUUCAAAAACAGAAGGAAGUUUCCAAAUUUCUGGAUGCUAAAAGAAAGUCAAGAAAACUAGACCGAGUGAGGAGGUUAUCCACCCUUCGGGAACGGGGUUCGCAGUCUGAGACAGAGGAAGACUAUAAUAUUAUGCUAAUUAAUUCAGAAUAUAAAUUAAAAAUAGCAAGAGACUCUGCCAGUGAAGACAGUGGAUUGGUUUUUAAUGAGGAGAAUAGUGGAGAUUUGGUUCUAAAUCUUGGGGAUUUAUCAAGAACACCUGCUUUACAAGUAGUUUGUGAAAUCUUGCGAAGCAAAAGAAAAAAACCAGAGCAAAAUGGACUCUUGGAGAACACUGAGAGAGCUGAAAUGUCUGUAUUAGAAUAUAUUCUUGCUGGACUCAUAGGCAAGAAAAUGGGCCUUGAAAAAUUAGAUAUUUUAACAGAAUUAAAAUACAGAGAUUUAAAGCAUAUUCUUGCUAUAGUUUUAGGUGCUUUGACUGUGGAAAGCCUAUGCAGUAUUUGGAAAGUAAGCAAGAACUGGCGUGAAAUUGUUAUACAAGACAAAAAUGCAUAUCUCAGGAGAAAGCUGUACAUAAAACAGCUGAAGGCGGAAGCUGGGGGAUGUCUCUUGCAUGUUGAAGAUGCUGCCACAAGACUUAAUAUUCUAAGAAGAUCUGCUCUAAGACCUGUUCAAGCUCAAGCUAAAACUGCUGUGUUACAAACAUCACCUUAUUGCAAUGAGCUUUUAACACCUACAGGUUGCAGUUCUGUUCCCCAGUCAACUAGUAAACAGGAAGAGUACCUUAAGAUUGCCAAAACCCUUUUUAUUGAUGAAGCUUUAAAACCUUGUCCAAGAUGUCAGUGCCCAGCUAAGUAUCAGCCCUUAAAGAAAAGGGGACUAUGUAGCCGAGAAGCCUGUGCGUUUGACUUUUGUAUUUUGUGUUUGUGCACCUUCCACGGGUCUAAAGAAUGCAGUAGUGCAUCUGCAAAGCAGCGAAAUAAAAAAGAUGCUCUUCCAGGAAGUGCCCAAAGCAAGAGAAAUUUAAAACGACUCUAAAGUUAUAAGGAACAUAGGUUUCCCUACUCUGUCUCUGAUUUUGUCUAUCUUUUUAUUAAUUAUGCAUAUUUUGAAAGUAAUAUUGUCAUUUUGCCCAGUAAUUAAGCUGAUUUCUCAUGUACAUAUCUUAAAUUAACUUAGUGUAUUUUUGAUAAGUUUUUGAAAAAAGGGAAAAAAUUUUUAAACUUUUAAUGUCUCAUUUUACCCGUCAUGUAGCCAGACUCUUUCAACUUCUUAAUUUUUCAAUAAAGUACUUUCAAUAUAGUCUUCAAUAUCUAUUUUACAACAUCACUUGAAAAUUUAAAGUUGUGAUUCUUGUCUCAAUGGCAAAUUAAAGAGAAUGAAUCAUUAAAACUUUCUUUUCUAUAGGUUUUGUUAUGAGACAUUUUUAAAACUAGUCUUUAAAAACAUGCUAUGAUGAAGCAUUAGAGAAGUGCUGACUCAGAGGAAAUACUACCACCUCGUCAUUCGACGAUGCUGCUAAAAUAGAAUAUUAGAUUUUUUUUUUAAAGCCAGAUAGGACCAUUAUGAUUUAGUUUUAUCUCCUGUAUUACACAGGCUGAAGAACCCUACCCAGUAACUUCUGCACUACUUUCUGGUUGAGCGCUAUAACUUUUUUUUUUUUUUUUUUUUUUUUUUUUUUUUUUUUUUUUAAGAAAGAUAUCCAGUCUGGCUUGAAAGAUUUCUGGUGAUGGAGAAUCCACCACAUCCACCUAUGUAGUUGUUCUGGAGGCUAAGUACCCUUAUUGUUUUAAAAAUAUGCACCUUAUUUCUAGCCUGAAUUUUUUUAAAAUCGGCUUCUAUACAUUGGACUUUGUUAUGCCUUUUUCUGCUAAUGAGCCAUCUUUCGGAGUUUCAGGGUUAGCUGUACCUUAGCACACCCCUUGCCCCCAGUCUUCCUCAAGGGCACCCACUUAAGGUUUCAGGCUCUUAGCUGUAACCUCUGUUGGGCAGAGACCUGCAUCUCUCUCCCUCAAGACUGGGCAUGUAGGCUUGCAGUUCUUACAGUCCCACUUCUGCACCUCACUGUGAUUUCCCCAGAAGGUCUGACUGGGAACUGGCACCGUGGUUAACCUUUCUCCAGGGAUUGCAACAGUGUAUACCAGUUACUAACCAGCCUUCUUUAAAUAUGUUGGGAGCAAGAGACAGACAAAGGAAAGCAUAGAUCCUCUGCUUAGCGGGGAAGGAGAGCUAAUAAUGAAAUCAACAAGGCUGAGGUGUUUAAUGCCUAUUUUGCUUCAGUCUUCACUAAAAAGGUUAAUGAUGACCAGAUACUCAGCACAAUUAAUACUAACAACAAGGAGGAAGGAAUGCAAGCCAAAAUAAGGGAAAAAACAGGCUAAAGAAUAUUUAGAUGAGUUAAGUGUAUUCAAGUUAGCAGGGCCUGAUUAAAUUAAUCCUAGGGUGCUUAAAGAACUAGCUGAGGCAAACUCAGAACCAUUAGCAAUUAUCUUUGAGAACUCAUGGAGGUUGGAUAGGGUCCCAGAGGACUGGAGAAAGGCAAACAUAGUACCAGGGUUUUUUUUGUUUUGUUUUGUUUUUUUUAAGGGUACAAAA